UGUUUUCUCGUGUCCCAUAGGUUUGGGUUGGGUGUUCCUGUUAUCCUGAGGAACUCAGAGGAAACAGAAUCCAGCACAAGGGUACUGAAAAAGCGGAUGAGACAAGUGAAGAAUCCCUUUGGGUUGGAAAUCCCUCGUCCUGCUGCAGCAUCACUAACAAAGGGUGUAACCCUGACACCUGACUGCCUGGAGGACUGUGUCCUCACCUGCUACUGGGGCUGCAACGUCCAGAAACUGCACGAGGCGCUGCAGAAACACGUCUACUGCUUCAGGAUAAAGACUCCUCAGGCAUUGGAGGAUGCCCUGUACAACGAGUACCUCUACAGGCAACAGUACUUCAUUAAAAAAAAUGACAAGGAGGAGAAAUACUGCCAGUUACCAGAAGAUGCUCAAGUUGUGGAUUUUGGCCCCGUGCCCAGAUCUCGCUAUCCCUUGGUAGUGCUGCUGACGCUGGCAGAUGAGGAAGACAGAGAAAUUUAUGACAUUAUUGCAAUGGUGGCUGUAAUUCACAUUCCUGAUGAAAGCUACAGGCUUUCCUGCAGAAUAUUGUACCAGUAUCUCCUCCUGGCUCAAGGUCAAUACCACGAUCUGAAGCAACUCUUCAUGUCUGCAAACAGCCCUGCACCGUCCUCGAGCAGCACAUUCCCUGGGAGGAGCGGCACUGACAGGACCUCGCUGGAGAAGGAGGGGCUGGCCGGGAGCGAACCGGAGCUGCAGGAGGAAAACA